UGGCUGAUCCAGCAGAGUUGUAGAUGAAGGAACCUGGAUAUUGGAAGAGCCUGAAGAAAGGGAGAGAGAAAAGGCUUAGUGAGGAGAAUGGGUGGGGCAAGAACAGAAAUAAUGCCCUUUCCUUAUCUGUGUCUCCUGCCUUUCAGAAUGGAAGAUGGCCCUCUUCCAAGCUGCGGAUGUGAUUCUGGAUCUGAACACUGCACACCCCACACUCCGUGUUUCCGAGGACCAGAGGAUCCUGCAGUUGGCAGACACACCACAGAUUCUACCAUACAACCCUAAGAGAUUUGAUUUUUUUUUUUUUUUAAGAUUUGAUUAUUUUAACUUUGUUCUUGACUGCAGGAGUUUCACGUCAGGGAGACAUUUCUGGGAGGUGGAGGUGGGAGACAGGAAAGAAUGGGAUGUCGGUGUGUGUAGAGAGAAUGUGGAGAGGAAAAAUUACGUUUCUAUAGAUCCCCAGAAUGGAUUCUGGAUUGUAAGUCUGUCUGAUGGGACUGAUUAUUUUGCACUCAAUUUUUAUUGGACCGAGCUGACAAUUGCUAACCGUCCUCAAAGAGUGGGAGUUUUCCUGGACUAUGAGACUGGUGAGGUCUCAUUCUACAAUGCCGUGGAUGGAUGUCAUAUCUACACUUUCCCACGCACCACUUUCUCUGAGCCUCUGUACCCUGUUUUUGGAAUUUCACAACUGAAUAACACAGCCUUGACCAUUUGUCCAGUGCCGACCUGAGUGCAGUGUUCCCUUGUUACUGACCUAGUGUAUGACUUUUCCCUGGGGACCCCAGUGACCCAGAGCACUGCUCAUGGGAAUGGGGACCCUCAGACUGAAGUAACAUCCUUGCUUGUCCCUUCCCACUAUGGAGUUGAGGGCCUCCUCCUUCACAGCAACAUAUCACAACAAUAAAGUACUCGCUAAAUGCA